CCUAUUUUACGUGCUUAUUGCAACUGGAAAACUCUGCUGUGUACUUAUUAGCGGAUUUAAAGUGACCAGUCGGUUUUAACUGCAAUGUACCUUUGGGAAUGCCGUCAUAGAAGGUGUAUGUUUGAGCUUCGUGGACUACAUUUAGACUUGGUGGCUUCCUUGUACACACUGCACUACUUCGGAUGAGUUAGUAUUAGAUUACAGGUUCACACGCUCACUCGCAGACCGCCCGUCGCCCCAACCAAUUGCCCCAUUCAUUCCAGCGCCGGAGACGGCCGUCGCCCCUGAUUGGUUAUCAGCGUUCUGCUAAGAAACUUUCCCACGGCUAGCGCGUGCUGACAGCCGGCCAGCCACUCCUUUCAGCUGGGCUAGACAACACAAGCACCGGCGGAACCCGUGGGCGGAGCUCCGCACUCACGGACGAGUGUUCUAUUGGCGCUUUGUUAAGCAUAUUCAAAAAGCGGGGCGGGGCUAAACUGGAACGUUGACAACCGACACGCCACUCAAUCUCAAACGUGUAUGUUGAUUGGCUCUCCACGCGCUUAGCCACGCCUCUCCUGGCGAGCUGCGGCGUUGAAAUGAUACCGUGGGAAAGCUUGUCGGUUCAUACGGAUGAACUUCUGUCUCACCUGACACACGCCGCGGAUACGCUCUGUAAGAUUGACGAAAAAUGAAGCGAAAUCACGACUUUAGCUCCUCAGACAGCGAGCUUGAUGAGAAUAUCGAGGUGGAGAAGGAGAGCGCUGACGAAAAUGCCGGUGUGAAUUCUCCACUCGGAUCAAUGUCUCCAUCCACAACCUCUCAAGUGCAAGCGAGAAAACGUCGCAGAGGGAUCAUUGAGAAGCGCCGCAGGGACCGGAUAAAUAACAGUUUGUCUGAGCUGCGUAGGCUGGUGCCCAGCGCUUUUGAGAAACAGGGUUCUGCUAAACUAGAAAAAGCUGAAAUUUUACAGAUGACCGUAGAUCAUUUAAAGAUGCUUCAUGCGGCUGGGGGAAAAGGUUACUUUGAUGCUCACGCACUGGCCAUGGAUUACCGUGGGCUGGGUUUCCGCGAAUGUCUGGCCGAGACGGCACGUUACCUCAGUAUCAUCGAGGGCCUGGACAACACCGACCCCCUUCGCAUCCGCCUGGUUUCGCACCUGAACAGUUACGCUUCCCAGAGAGAAGCUCACUCGGGUUUGGGCCACUUGGCGUGGGGUUCUGCGUUCGGGACGCCGCCCGGACACCUGGCCCACCACCUCCUCCUGCAGCAGCAGCAGCAGGGGGCGCCGCUCCCGCGCAGCACCAGCAGCCCUCCAUCCUCUAAUUCUUCAUCGCCCUCCUCCUCGUCUCCAUCCACCUCCUCCUCCACAGAGCCGCACGCCCCCAGCAGGCUGACUGGCACGGUGAUUACCGAGGCAGGGCAGACAGGACCGCUGCGGGUGCCGCCCAGUACCACCCUGCCCCCUGGGCUCACACCACCUACUACAUCCAAGCUUUCUCCACCCCUUCUGACGUCACUUUCAAGCCUGUCGGCGUUUCCCUUCCCGCUGAGUGCUUUUCCUCUGCUGUCCCCGAGCUCGCUGGGCCCCGCGACUCCCUCCAGCAGCCUGGGGAAGCCCUACAGGCCUUGGAGCAUGGAAAUAGGGGCCUUCUGAACUUCUGUGGACAGACAGUCAGUUAGAAAUGACUUUUUUGGUAACAUCUGACAAUUUUGAAGAGAUGGACAGACUUGUACAAAGGGAAAAAGCGAAUACAGAUCUGAUGUACUUAUUCCAAUUACCCUGUCUUUAAAACGGUCCUGUCUCAGGUUGAGCACAAA